AACUUCAUUGAAAUAUUACUGAUAUUCAAGGAUUUCACGGACCUCCAAGCGCUUGUGCGAGACCGAUUUGGCGCCUUCUCGUUGGAGAGCUGUCAACACUGUACAUGCGUCGUUGCUUAAUUUUCUGGAACCCUGCAUUCAUUCAUUCAUUGAAAUUAGUCAGAAUUUUUUGACAUUUUAUCUUUGUUAUAAAGGUCUCAUAGUCACGAACUAAAUAGAGAUACUAUAUCAUAGUUCAUUUAAUGCUUCUAAUAAGUCUGUGCUUUGGUGUUAUUAUAACCUGAGAGUUUCUUGGUGUUUUUUGUCUUACUAAGAAAAUGCACACGGAAUGUUUGUUCACUGAGAUAUCAUUUGUUUAAAAACGUCAACAUGGGAGAGGAAGAUGAAUACGCGUGCGUAAAUAGGAGCCAGCUCAAAAUUAAAGACAAUUCUGGAAUCAAGAAAAAGAAAAAGAGGAAGACCAAUAAGGACACUGAAAAAGUAAUUGAAGUGGAACUAAAACAGCAUAUAAAACAACAAACUCCUGAAGAAAAGCGGACCAAGGCGGAACUAGCAUUCAAGAAAAUGCAGGAGAAGAUGCAAAAACAAAGAAUACAACAAAAAGCUGAGAUGACUCACAAGCAGCGAGUGGAAAAAUUCAACCAACAUUUGGACAGUCUAACUGAGCACUUUGACAUUCCCAAAGUCUCAUGGACUAAAUAGGUGCAUUAUUUUCUACAGUGUAAAUUUUUACUUUCAGACUUUUAUUAUUCUUAGCAUUUGUAGUGUUGCACUGUUGGGAGCAGGUUUUUUACCCAUUGUGUGAUUCCAAGCUUUGAUAUAUUGUAGUCUCUCCCCUGCAUUGGAAGUUAACCAGGUUAAAUGUUACAAAAAGAACCCACUAGAUCAUCUACAUUAAUUGUAGAUCUUUUUACUUUCUUGUAAAACAUCCAAAAGUAUUGUGUUAAGAAUAACCUUUGUUAUUCUGUGUAAUUUGGAUCCAUUCAAAAAAUGUAAAUAACAUACAAACAUUCACAAUGUCAGUGUGAAGUAUGUAUUUACAUAUAUUAAGGAAAUAUUUUACCAUUUAUAUGUAGGUAUGCAUGUUAUGUAUCUGUACCUAUAAUUGUUUAUGAAAAUAAAUAAUUUUAUGUAA